GAGUGCCUUACGAGGGUGAUAAGGCACGAGGGUGUGCAUCUGCCACCAAAGAUGCCAGGCUGCACACCUCAGAGACGGGACCCGAGGUCGUGACUCUCUGCUCCCGUGUUCUAUGUGCCCAGGGCCGGAAGAGGGCCCUGUGUGGACUUGGGAGCCCAGAUGAUGUCAGUGGAUGCGUCCUGCCUGCUCGGCUGUGGCCUGGGCUCGCCCUGGCCGGGUCCCACCACACACUGAUUGGGAGGCUUCGUCCACCGCUGACCGCACCCCUCCCCACCCCUCCCCCCGCAGGGCUCCAUCUCCAUCCAGCCUCAUGUCCCCAAGCCGCCUGCCUGGCAGCCGAGAACGUGAGUGGGAAAACGGCAGCAACGCCUCCUCCCCGGCCUCAGUGCCUGAGUACACGGGUCCGCGGCUGUACAAGGAGCCGAGCGCCAAGUCCAACAAGUUCAUCAUCCACAACGCCCUGUCGCACUGCUGCCUGGCGGGCAAGGUGAACGAGCCGCAGAAGAACCGCAUUCUUGAGGAGAUCGAGAAGAGCAAGGCCAACCACUUCCUGAUCCUCUUCCGCGACUCAAGCUGCCAGUUCCGGGCCCUAUACACGCUGUCCGGGGAGACGGACGAGCUGUCGCGGCUGACAGGCUACGGCCCCCGGACGGUCACGCCCGCCAUGGUGGAGGGCAUCUACAAGUACAACUCGGACCGAAAGCGCUUCACCCAGAUCCCCGCCAAGACCAUGUCCAUGAGUGUGGAUGCCUUCACCAUCCAGGGGCACCUCUGGCAGAGCAAGAAGCCCACCACUCCCAAGAAGGGCAGCAGCACCCCCAAAUAGCCCCGUCCCGGGUGGUCCGCAGGCCGGGCCCCACAUGCUCUGGCCACCGCCCUCCUGGGGGACAGCCCAGAGGACAGUCCGUCGGUAUGCCCGGGUCCUGUCUGUUCCCCCCGUGACCUCGCCUGGGUGGGGCUGGAGUCCCCACCCCCUUACUUUGGUCCCGUCCUGCUGUGGGGGCUGAGCUGGGAGGUUCAGGGACUCAGGGCUCAGCUCAGUCCCCCGUCUGUCCUCCCCAUCUUCUCGAAUAAAGUAAUUUAAAGAGAGCUCGACUGCUGGUGUCUCCCCGAGGCUGGCUGGGGUGCCUGGUGACAUCUCUGCCCGAGAUGGUUUCCCACACUCGCUGGCUGUUCCCUGUCUCCCGUUCCCUCUUGAACCUGCUCCAGCCUCUCCUCUGCCCCCUCGACACGACCCGCCCCCCAGGG